AUGAAGGUAUUGGCAGUGACUGUGUUGGCCCUAGCAGUGGCCGCCUCAGCGAGGCACAUCACACUUGAAGAUGUCAUCGAAUUAGAAAAGAACACUCCGUACGGUUACAUCCAGAGGAUCGCCAUACCAUAUGCUGAUAAAGUUCGAAUAGCUGAGGCGGAAGGCAGCCAGAAUCCAUCUAGAAUCGUUGGUGGUUCAUUAGCUGUUCUUGGACAGUUCCCAUACCAGGCCGGCUUACUAUUGAAUUACCCUACUAGAACUGGUCUCGCUAGUGCAUCUCUAAUCUCCAACAACAGAAUCCUAACUGCUGCACACAACUUGAAUGAUGGUGUAUCGAGUGUCUCGAGUGUGACUGUUGUCCUUGGAUCUACAACUCUAAUGUCUGGUGGUGUUAGACAAACUUCCAGCAACUACGUUUUACACGAAAAUUAUGACAUUUCCAUAGUAAGAAGUGACAUUGCUAUAAUCAACUUGCCAUCUUCUGUCCAAUUCUCAAAUAUCGUGGCUCCCAUCGCCUUGCCUUCUGGAUCUCUGCUCCAAGAAGAUUUUGUUGGUGAAGUUGCAAUUGCUUCUGGUUUUGGAAUGAAUCCUGCAAUUGGUGGUGUGAUUGCAAACCAGCCGUUUAGCUAUGUGGACUUGCCUAUAAUUACGAACAAUGAAUGCGCCGCAUCUUAUGGAUCAGUAAUUCAGCCUGGAAUUAUCUGCACGGGUAGUGUUGUUGGCAAGAACAUUUGCAGUGGGGACUCUGGCGGUCCUCUUGCUUUACAGAGAAGCGGCAACCCAUUGUUGAUUGGUGUUGUUUCGUUCGGCCGUGGUGGAUGCGAUGGUGGUUCUCCUUCUGGAUACGCUAGGGUUACACACUACAUCAACUGGAUUAAUGCGCGUCUGUAA